AUGUCUUUGAAAAUUGCAGCUGAAAAGUGGCCUAAAUCAUCCUCAAAGAAGGUAGAAGAAUCAUUGAUAGUGAUGAAAGAGUAUGAUGAAGUGAAACACAAAGUGGCAGUAGAGAAUUUGGAGAGACUCUGUGAAGUUGGACAGAGAGGAAAACCUUCUCUUGUCACUGACUUAUUGGGCGAUCCUAUAUGCCGAAUUCGUCUCUUUCCAUUACAUGUCAUGCUGGUUGCUGAAUUCGGCGAAGAAGGACAAGUUGUUGGAGUGAUAAGAGGGUGUGUGAAAAGCGUUACAAGAGGGAAUUUAGCUUAUGUUUUAGGACUUAGAGUCUCUCCGAAACACAGGAGAUUUGGCAUUGGCACAAAACUAGUUCAACAUUUAGAAGAAUGGUGCAAGCAAAAAGAGGCUAAGUAUGCAUACAUGGCAACCGAAUGUACAAAUGAAGCAUCCAUCAAUUUGUUCACAAAAAAAUGUGGUUACUCAAAAUUCAGAACACUAACAAUGCUAGUGCAACCAGUUCAUGCUCACUACAAGCCAAUCAGCACAAACAUUUCCGUCCUUCGGCUACCACCUCGCCUGAGCGGGCCGAUAUACAAGCAUAUUUUCGCCAAUUCGGAAUUCUUCCCUAAAGAUAUAGACAUGAUUUUAUCAAACAAACUUAAUUUGGGCACAUUGAUGGCCAUUCCAAGAAAGUACCUUAACAGAUGGGAUCCAAAAAAGGGUAUUUUUCCUCCAAGCUAUGCAAUAUUAAGUGUGUGGAACACAAAAGAUGUGUUCAAAUUGCAAGUAAAAGGAGUGUCACCAUUUGUACAUGCAUGUUGUGUAGGCACAAGAUUAUUAGACAAAUGUUUGCCAUGGUUAAGGUUGCCUUCAUUUCCUAAUGUUUUUAGGCCAUUUGGGAUUUAUGUAAUGUAUGGAUUACACAUGGAGGGUAAAUAUGGAAAACAACUUAUGAAGUCAUUAUGUGGAUUUGUUCAUAAUAUGGCUAGAGAUGAUGGUGAUUGUGGGACCAUUGUGGCUGAAGUUAGUCAAAGGGACCCAGUUAAGGAAGCUGUCCCACAUUGGAGGAAAUUUUCUUGGGCAGAAGACAUGUGGUGCAUUAAGAAUCUUGAGGACAUCAACAAGGAAUGUGGACCCUUUGAUUCCUUUCAUUAUAAAUCAUUUUCAGAUGUCAUUUUUGUUGAUCCUCGUGAUUUUUGA